UUUCCUAGGCCUGGAUACACCCUGAGCGGGAAUAAAAUAGAGCAGUGUACUCAGCCAAGCGGUAUUCACUGGCCAAUUGUGUAAGUAACAAAAAUAACUGUAAAUAAAACAAAACAAAAUAACAGAUAGCGGGUAAUCAGCCCUUUUCAGCGUUGAUCAAAGGAAAGGGUGUGCUCUCUUAUCAAAAACAAUGGAAAAAAUAAUUCAACAAGCCCUACUUGAAAAUCGUUUUGUAGCUUCUUUUAGCUCAGUUGAAAGUGAAGCUACCAACGAAGACCAUCUAAUUCAGCUAUUUUCAAGCUCUUUUAUAGUAUUUACUUUCCCCACCUAAUUCACUUUGGAAGAAAACAUACAGAAUUAAAGAGUUACUGAGUCUUUUUACUAAGUAAAUUAAUUCUAGUAUUUUUAUCGCCUUUUACAGAGUUCCAGCAUCACGGCUUAUUGUACCAGGAAUUCUUCAGGUUAGUUUCUAUAUGAACGUGAGAGACCGUCGAAAAGAUAAAUGCUUUUGGAAAUAAAAUGAGACUCGGAACAAAAAUUUCUGAUCCAUUUGCGUAAUUGUGUUUCGGCGGGCGGCUGGCGCCUGGAAUUUUUCCCGUCAUUUCCAAUGUUUGCCGGUGAGGGUUGUUCACGGGCGGUCGCAGUUUUUCUUUCCAUUUCUUAUCGUAUCGUUCAAAAUGGCAUCUGCAUCUGCAAACGCAAGGUAGUUUUGAACUCUGUUUAUAUCUCUUCUAAAGAAACAGCAACAAACUGCUGCUAUUGCCACAAAGUCAAAAGUAUUUAGCUUUUGGACAAAGUUUCACUUUCUUCCUCGAAAUUGUCGUCAAAUACCUGGCAGUGCUACAACGUCCAUAUUUUGCUGGAUUUUUGGUUCACACGAGCAAAGAGAGCCUUUCCACUUGACCCGGGAUGUUUCCGGAAUUUCCAACAGGCAAUUUUGCCUAAAUGGAAAGCGCCCAAGGUAUUAGAAGAAUGGUUUGAUAAAUUCUGUGCAUAAAACUUUUCAAAGUCAAACAAAAAUCUGCACCGAAACUUAAAAAGGUUUUAACUGAUUGAAAAAGGGAUCUAAGACGAGAAAAUUGCCUCAGAGCCCAAGCUGAGUAUGGGAAGCAUACCAAGACAGGUCUGUUGAUAGGUAGCCGGAGAUUAGUAACCCCUUCAUCCCUAGAGUCAAUUAUAGAGGCAUGUAAGGUGGGUUCUAACUUACAGGGUUUUCAUUAUUUUUAAAAUAGAAGGGCCUCUAGGGUCCAAUACGCAGAGGGAAAAGUUAGAAUUUUAGUUCGAGAGUCGGUUAUUUCGCCUAGAAACGGGUAAUAUGCUUAGAGUACACUGCUGCCGGUAAUUGCCGGUAAAUUCCCUGAGACUUACGUGUCUGUGGACGAAAACCUUUUAAAAGUGCUUAAACACCCUACAAGUAAUCUUCCUGGCCUCUAAAAAAGGAAUUUGCUGUUUAUCUCGAUUUGGAGCAACUUAUCUGAAUUGAACGUCCUCGCGGACGUUUCCUUUUAAACUAAAAAGAGCCAUAAGUAUUACAUACCCAAACCCUCUUCGUAGUAGUGAUUUUCCAUUUUUUUAUUAUUAUUUUCAUUACUUUUAAGUUUCAGCAUCGCUUUUCCGACAAAGGACUUCCAGUCCAGCAAUGCACGGAACCAAAUUGA